AUGGAUUUCUCUUUCAACCAUGGCCGUAACUCCUCAAACGUAACCCACACUCAUCAUCACAACCCAAGAGACGACACCGAAGAACCACAAUUCCCUCCACCCGGUCACACCUCCUCCCCCUUCAACCACCCACCACCGCCACAUCAUCAUCAACAACCACCUCCAUUUUACGGUGACUCUUACCCACCACCACCACAACUUCCUCACCAACCAGAAACUCAAGUCUUCCACACUGGACACGUGUCCCAUGACGACUUCAGUUACCCUGCUCCACCUCCACCCCAACCUCAUAACUACGGCGGUGGAGGAUACCCUCCUGCACCCCCAUCUGUACCUGAUUACUCAUCCACCCCAUUCCCUAACGCUACUGUGCAUCACGUUUCUCAUGAGUCUCAUCACCCCCAUUUUCCAACCAACGUUCAUCAUGUCAACCAUGAGGUUUCACCUAUCGCUCAUCCUAUCUCCUCCAACAAACACACUUACAAGAUUCUCACCAAAGCUUCCCCGAAUUACUCCCUCACUAUCCGCCGCGGCGAAGUCGUUCUCGCACCUUCCGAUCCCUUAGAUCAGCAUCAGCAUUGGUACAAGGAUGAGAAGUGGAGUACCAGGGUGAAGGAUGAAGAUGGUCACCCUUCUUUUGCUUUGGUCAACAAGGUCACUGGUGAAGCUAUUAAGCAUUCCAUUGCUGCAUCCCAUCCAGUUCGGCUGGUACGUUACAAUCCGGACUAUCUUGAUCAGUCUAUUUUAUGGACUGAGAGCAAGGACCAGGGUAAUGGCUACCGAGCUGUGUACAUGAUGGCACUACUGUUGUCCUCUGGGACUGGAACAGUGGUGAUAACCAGCAGUGGAAGAUCUUGCAAUACUGAGUACAAUUGA